UAUGAACAUAGAUAAUAGGUCUAUGAAGUAAAUAUAACCUCUUUUAAGAUCAUUUAUGUGGUUGGUUGUAAAGAAUUGUGAAUUAAUAAAUAUAUUGUAAUGAUUUCUAAUAGUUGUAAGCUGUUAAAUGCUAAUUUUAAUUCGAAAUUGUGCAGCACUAUUUGUGUAUCUGUAAGGCAUGGCCAUCAUAUGAGAGGAAAACCACCAGGUGUUGCAAGAACAUUAGAGCAACGAUUAGCCGAAAUCAAUUACAAAGAUCCCAAAUUGUAUUAUAAAGUAGACAUAGGUUUACCCCAUCGGUCUUAUUCUGUCGGAGAAGAACGUAGAAAAAGAAUGGCAUUUCUCAAAGCUAGAAGAAAUGAUCCACAAUUUCAAAAAUUAUCGAAGUCAAAAAAUUGGUUGAUAAAACUCGAUGAAGUUAAGAGUGUCGGUGCUAAUGGUGCAGCUCAGUAUCAGUUAAAAGAAAUUGCUACACAUUUUAGUAUAUUUGAUCAUUUAUUUGGGGAUGCUUACUUUGUUCCUCGAGUUCCAUUACAAGUUCAAUAUUCUUUUGACUCUGCUGUGUUACCUGUUUAUUCAGGAAAUGUUAUUAAACCUUCUGAAGCUGCAAAGAAGCCAAUUGUUAAUUAUGAUGCUAAUGAUGGUACUUUGUGGUCAGUUUUAUUAACAUGCCCAGAUGGUAAUUUCACAGAGCAGAAUGCAGAGUAUAUUCACUGGUUUGUAGGGAAUAUUCCUGGGAACAAGAUAACAGAUGGUGAAACUGUUGUUGAGUAUUUACAACCUAUUCCUCCUAAGGGUACUGGCUUCCACAGAUACAUAUUUAUUUUGUACAAACAGGAAAAGCUAUUGGAUUUUUCCUCUUAUAAAAUUAAUGGGCCAGGUUUAACAUUAGCAGAAAGAAAUUUUAAAACUUAUGACUUCUAUAAAGAAAGGCAAGAUGACAUAACUCCUGCAGGAUUAGCUUUUUUCCAGUCUGAUUGGGACAAAAGUCUAAAAGACUUUUUUCACAAUAAAUUGAAUAUGAGAGAGCCAAUAUUUGAAUAUGAUUUCCCUCCUCCUUAUAUCAGACCUCAAGAGUGGUUUCCCAAAAGAAAACCUUUUAACAUAUACAUGGACAAAUACAGAGAUCCUAAACAAAUUAAUAAAGAAUUUUUGGAAAGGAAAUUAAAAAAUGUACACCCUUUCAAAGCCCCACCUCCACCUUUACCAUAUCCAAAUGCUAGGUAUUUUGAGGGAUAUGUUCCAUCAUGGUUGAAAGAAGAAAUUAGGAAAUCUAGAUUAGGCUGGGGCCGAAUAAAUGAUAUCAAAUAAUUAUGCAAUUCCUGAAAAGGUACAAAUACAAAUUUUUAAUAAAAUUGUUUUAUGGAUUA